GCCUUAUUUUAUUUACGUCAUUGUUAUGCGACCACUGGCUUUAAGCUAGCGAAAACGUUAGCUAAAUGGUCGAAAAUACUACCUUCUAUUGUUGGGCUCUAGGCUGUCAGUGACACUGACAGGGAGGGAUGAGGAUACGGCUGCAGGGCUUAGGCCAUGCCGCCAGCCUCCUCACCGAGCUCAAUCACUGCCGUCUCUCCCGCCUCUUCUGUGAUGUCACCCUCCAGGUGGGGAGCCGCUCCUUCACAGUGCACCGUGCGGUGCUCGCCUGCGCUGGGACACACUUCCGUAGCCUGUUCUCAGGUAGGGGGAAACAGAUCGGAACCUCUGGAGCCGGAGCUACGACAACGUACUCUCUGGACUUUGUGUCCCCGGUCAACUUUGAGAAGGUGCUGACGUUCAUCUACACCGGAGAGAUCUUCACAGACCUGAUAGAUGUAGGGGUGCUGUAUGAGCUGGCAGAGAGACUGGGGGUGAGAGAGCUGGUGAGAGCCUGUCACACUACCUUCCCUGACCUGCAGCAGCUGGGCUCAGGGUCUGCAGACUGUGUGGCGGAUGGAGACCUGGACUCUGACAUGGUUGCUGCUGCAGCUGGGUCACCAAUGUGUUCGUCGUCUGCCGCAUCUUCUUCCUCUCUGUGUUCAUCUGCUGGUCCCUCUGCUGCUCCUACCCCGGCGUCAGCACCAUCACCUCUCCCUCUCCCCCAGGGCAGCAGGGUGGCCAGGCUGGGCCGGGGUGGUGGACACACAGCCACCCUGUCCCUGCCUCUCAAAGCAGAGGAUGAGCAGUCUCACCUGGGCUAUGGACAGAUUGCCGAAGACAAACAGAUACAGCUGUCUGGAGAUCAGCAGAGUUCAGUAGGUAGUCUCUCCACUGUAGCUGUUGGGGCCACCCCAGGACUUCUCCUUCCCUUGCAGCUGAAGACUGAGGAGGGCGUGGAGGUGGUGAUGGGAGAAAUGGUUGGUAACAGUGAGGAGGAACAGAUGGUAGCUAGUGGGAGUAGAGCUGGUUCUCCAACUCCAUGUGUGUCUGACGCCUGCUCCUUCCCUGACUCGUCAGCCCAGCUGGGAAGGGUGGUCUGUGGGGUAGAGGCUCCCUGCGCCCCCUCCUCCUUUAGAGACCCCCUGGACAGUCUGCAGUUGGGGGGGGUGGGUGGGCUUCGCUCUGGUCACACAGAGGUGACAGGGGUCAUCUUCGAAGGGAAGGAGAAUGAAGAAGAUAAUGAGGAAGAGAGAGAGCAGCUGCAGGGAGACGAAGAAGUCACUGACGGAGGAGAGGACCAGUGGAGACCCCUGGCUGAAGAUGUCAUUGAGCUGAGCGAUGAUGAGAAUUACAUGGAGGAGGAAGAAGAUGAGGACUUUGUGUGUGUGGAGAAUGGAGCAGUGCUUGGCGGAGAGGGAGUGGACCCUGGCCAGUUGUCGGGUAUGGUGGAGUGUAAAGCCUGUGGGAUGGAACUGUUAACAGACUCUGCUGCACUGGGGGCCCACGCAGAGACCCACCUCACUGAGACAGGGACCUGCAGGGUGUGUGGGGCAUCUUUCCCCGGGGACCGCGGGGCCAGCAUCACCCACGCCCUGUCCCAUGUGGUGUUCUCCUGUGACAUGUGUCAUCUCCAGUUCUGCAGCCAGGCCAAGCUGGUACGCCACAGACGCCAGGCGGCUGCUCGGUACACCCUCCCCAGUCAGCUCCACACCGCCACCCAGGGGCACAAUGGGGAGCUGCAGUGUGCCAUCUGUAACAUAACCCUCACCAAGGAUUUCCAGGUCAUCAGGGAUCACCUGCUGAGUCACGUGUCUAUCCAGUCACUGAGCUGUGGUGUGUGCCUGUUACCCCAGCCCUCCUUGUGUGCCCUGCUGUGGCACGCCCUCACCCACCUCUCCCUGCCAGUCUACUCCUGCCCCCUCUGUGCCUGCGGCUUCCUGGAUCGCCCUCUGCUGGACAGACACAUGGCCCUGCAUGCCGAGGAGGCAGAAACUGACAGAGAGGCCAUGAGGGCUCAUAAAGCAGCCGGGGCAGAGGGAGAGGAGGAGCUUCGUUGCUUCUUAUGCCCACAGACCUUCCGCUCUGGCACACCUUCCCACUCUGGCGAGUUCACCUACCACCUGCGCAUUCACACUGGGGAGAAGCCGUACCAGUGCAAGGUGUGCCUGAGGUUCUUCCGAGGCCGCUCCACCAUGAUCUGCCACCUGAAGACCCACGCCGGGGCGCUCAUGUACCGCUGCACUGUCUGCGGCCUGUAUUUCUCCACACUCAAGCUGGUGUCCUCCCACAUGGAGAUCCACAAGGACCACCUGCCUCCAGACUUCAACAUAGAGCAGACCUUCAUGUACAAUGACCACUCCAAAGAAACCCUCCCCGCCCUGGACACCUGAUCAGCUACUCCUCUGGUGUCCUUCUGCCUUCAUCUCGCUUUCACUUUUAUUUCCCACGUCUUUAUUUGUCUUUGAGCUGUUCUGUCAUGCUCCUCCUCUUCUCUCUCUCUCUCUCUCUCUCUUUCUCUCUGGUUGUGAGCCUUAUCUAUAGACUUGUAGAAUGCAUUUAACUUGUUUUAUGUCUGUGUUUGAGAUGGUGUUUGGAUGGAAGAGACCUGUUUUGUAGCAUAGCGUAACAGACAUCUUCCUUGGAAGUAGUUUAGCCACUUGAUGGCAGUGUAUGCACUGUUGUCUAUGGAAGGACUUAUUACCGUUUACUGUGUGCAAGCUGUCUUCAAGUCAGUUGGCUUUUCCUAAAUUGCAGUCAAACAUUUUCCUAAGUGUACUAUUACUCUUCUGUACAAAAAGUGUUGUUUUUCUGUCAGUUAAGCACCAUGUAUUCAUUUAUAUAUGAAACACAUGAUGGACCGUCUGUGUCUGUCUGAGUGAAACACCAUAUUUACCACUGUGCACCAAGCGUUAAAGGCCCAGUGCAGUCAAAAACGUGAUUUCCCUGUGUUUUAUAUAUAUUUCCACAUCAUGUGGUUGGAAUAAUACUGUGAAAUUGGGACAAUUAUGGUUGUGAAAAGACGACCUGAAAUUCCAGCCUGUUUUAGUGGGAUGGAGUUUUUGCCUGCCUGGUGACAUCACCAGACGGUAAAUUACUUAAUAGACCAAUAAGAAAAAGUUCCAAACCUCUCUGCCAAUUACUUGCUACUUUUCAGUGUUCCCCUCAGACAGUCCUAGCAAAGUUAUUGCUUGCGAAAUUGUUCUUUGCUAAGAAGCUAUUUUAGUUUAUUUUUUACCAUUUUAAUUGAAAAUAAUCACAGUAAGUUACUUCAUUGUUACCCAGAAAUGAUUUGAUAUUGAGAUAAAAAAAAACAGCUGCAUUGGACCAGUAAGUGUACCUGAGCAGUCAUACUGUACUUUGCAACCAAUGAAUGUGGCCUUAAUGUAUCAGUUCCCUUGGAAACCAUUUAGGUAUGUUUUCCUCCAAGCAUUUUACUUCUUUAGUGAUAGACUAUUUAUAAUGCAAACAUGAUACUGUGGUUCAUGUAGACUGUAUGUAUUAGUGAUCAGAUGAUAUGAACUAAACAAACAUGAUACUGUGGUUCAUGUAGACUGUAUGUAUUAGUGAUCAGAUGAUAUGAACAAAACAAACAUGAGACUGUGGUUCAUGUAGACAAUGUAUUAGUGAUCGGAUGAUAUGAACAAAACAAACAUGAUACUGUGGUUCAUGUUGACUGUAUGUAUUAGUGAUCAGAUGAUAUGAACUAAACAAAUGGUGGCUUCCAGCAUUUCAAAAGCACCACAUUAUGCUCUGUAGACUUGCAUACUUUGGAUUCGAUGUUUAAACGUAACUCGUAUUUGUGUUCUAUUUGGUGUCUUACCUCAUUAUGAAACGUUUUAUUCGAUUAAUGCUGUUUUUUAAUUGUAAUUUGUAUGUACUUUUUUAGUGCAAAUUAUGAACGUUUUCCAUUAUCUAUACUGAACAAAAAUAUAAAUGCAACAUGUAAAGUGUUGGUCCCAUGAAAUAAAAGGUCCCAGAAAUGUUCCAUACUCACAAAAAGCUUAUUUUUCUCAGAUUUUGUGCACAAAUAUGUUUACAUCCCUGUUGGUGAGCAUUUCUCUUUUGCCAAGAUCAUCUGUCCAACUGACAGGUGUGGUAUAUCAAGAAGCUGAUUAAACAUCAUGAUCAUUACACAGCUGCACCUUGUUGGGGACAAUAAAAGGCCACUCUAAAAUGUGCAUUUUUGUCACACAACACAAUGCCACAAAGUUUUGAGGGAGUGCAAUUGGCAUGCUGACUGCAGGAAUGUCCAGUAGAGCUGUUGCCAUAGAAUUUAAUGUUCAUUUCGCUACCAUAAACUGCCUCCAACAUCGUUUUAGAGAAUUUGGCAGUACGUCCAAUCGGCCACAGAACCGCAGACUACGUGUAACUACGCCAAACCAGAAUCUCCACAUCUGGCUUCUUCCCCUGCGGGAUCGUCUGAGACCAGCCACCCGGACAGCUGAUGGAACUGUGGGUUUGCACAAUCGAAGAAUUUCUGCACAAACUGUCAGAAACUGUCUCAGGGAAGCUCAUCUGCGUGCUUGUCAUCCUCACCAGGGUCUUGACCUGACUGCAGUUUGGCGUCGUAACCGACUUCAGUGGACAAAUGCUCACCUUUGAUGGCCACUCUGUUCACAGUGUGAACAGAGUGCCCCAUGGUGGCGGUGGGGUUAUGGUAUGUGCAGGCAGGCAUAAGCUAUGGAUAAUGAACAACAGCAUUUUUAUUUUAUCGUUGACAUUUUGAAUGCACAGAGAUACCGUAAUGAGAACCUGAGGCCAAUUGUCGUGCCAUUCAUCCGCCGCCAUCACCUCAUGUUUCAGCAUGCUCAUUUACAUGUCACCAAUUGAGCAUGUUUGGGAUGCUCUGGAUUGAUGUGUACAACAGCGUGUUCCAGUUCCCGCCAAUAUCCAGCAACUUCGCACAGCCAUUGAAGAGUGGGACAACAUUCCACAGGCCACAAAUGACAGCCUGAUCAACUCUUUUUAAACUUUUUUUUAAAGGUAUCUAUGACCAACAGACGCAUGUCUGUAUUCCCAGUCAUGUGAAAUCCAUAGA